AUGGCGUCGAGGGCGUCGUCAUGGACCUGCUCCAUGUGCCAGCACGGCUCCCGUGCACGGCAGCAGUGGACGCCGACGACGAUGCGCCAAUCGAUUUUCGGCCGAAACAUGACGAACUCGACAAGGGCUCGACAACAGCAACAGCAGCGAACGCACUCUCAGUCGCAGAACUAUGCGCCUACUAUGGACAGGGUGCGCGCACACUACGACCAAAAGAACAAGACGAUUGCGUACUACACGCUUAGUGUAAUCCUCGGUACCGUUGCGUUUUCCUACGGCUCGGUCCCCUUGUAUAAGAUGAUCUGCGCAACGACCGGUUGGGGUGGCCAGCCUAUUCGAGCCCACGGCGGCGGUGGCUCAGACUCGUCUGACGGAGACCUGGCCAGCCGCCUGGUGCCCGUCAAGUCGGCCAACCGCAUCAAGGUGACGUUCAACGCGUCGAUAUCUGACACGCUGCCCUGGAAAUUCACGCCGCAGCAGCGGGAGGUGCGUGUCCUGCCCGGCGAGACGGCCCUGGCCUUCUACAAGGCUACCAACCUCGGCGACAAAGACAUCAUCGGCGUGGCCACCUACAGCGUCACCCCGGCCCAGUGCGCCCCCUACUUCAGCAAGAUCCAGUGCUUCUGCUUUGAGGAGCAGCGCCUAAACGCUGGCGAGACCGUCGACAUGCCCGUCUUCUUCUACCUCGACCCGGAUCUGCUCAACGACCUCAACAUGAAGGGUGUCGAGACUGUUACUCUUAACUACACCUUUUUCAAGGCAAGGUACGAUAACAAUGGCAGCUUCCAGCCCCCUGCUUCAGGAUAG